GACACGACGCAUUCAAAUGAAUAAAUGGUAAUCCCCGAGAUACAUUUAUGUUCUUCGUUUCCCUUUACUAUAAAAGCAUUUGAACUUGACAACAUUUACGCAUUUGAAUUCAGACAGGAGCAGUGUGAAUUCAGCAAAGAUAACAUACAAUGAUGAAAGCAACCAUUCUAGUGCUAUGUGCCUUUGUCGCGGUUGGUUUCGCGGAAUCUUCUCUUGGAUUAGAUGAGGACUCAAGCAGGCCCAUUCUUGAUGUGGAUGACCCAUCUGCACCAAUACAAUAUCGCGUCCAAAGAUCACCUGAACCACAAGGAUCAUUGAGUGCUACAUACGUAAAACCGCUUGAUGGACCGGAGCGACGACCAACCUACAACUUUGAUUAUAAUCACAGACUAGUUAAUCGUAAAGAUGGCAACAUUGAUCUUAGCGUUGGAGGUCAAAAGCUUCCUGGGAGGAGAGUUGAGCCCACAGUUGGUCUUUCCGGUACAUUCCGCUUCCGUAGAUCACCUGAACCUCAAGGAUCAUUGAGUGGUACAUUUUCAAAACCAUUUGGUGGACCUGAACGACGACCAACCUACAACUUUGAUUAUAAUCACAGACUAGUUAAUCGUAAAGAUGGCAACGUUGAUCUCAGCGUUGGAGGUCAAAAGCUUCCCGGAAGGAGAGUUGAGCCCACAGUUGGUCUUUCCAGUACAUUCCGCUUCCGUAGAUCACCUGAACCUCAAGGAUCAUUAAGUGGUACAUUUUCAAAACCAUUUGGUGGACCUGAACGACGACCAACCUACAACUUUGAUUAUAAUCACAGACUAGUUAAUCGUAAAGAUGGCAACGUUGAUCUCAGCGUUGGAGGUCAAAAGCUUCCUGGAAGGAGAGUUGAGCCCACAGUUGGUCUUUCCGGUACAUUCCGCUUCCGUAGAUCACCUGAGCCUCAAGGAUCAUUGAGUGCUACAUACGUGAAACCGCUUGAUGGACCGGAGCGACGACCAACCUACAACUUUGACUAUAAUAAUAGACUAGUUAAUCGUAAAGAUGGCAACAUUGAUCUCAGCGUUGGAGCUCAGAAACUUCCUGGAAGUAGAGUAGAGCCCACAGUUGGUCUUUCUGGUACAUUCCGCUUCCGUAGGUCAUCUGAUUCGGAAAACUGAUGCCACGAACUCUUCAAUGCUCAACUCGAUGGGCUAUAGUGUCAUUGAUCUUUCAAUAUCGAGUAUCAACAUCGCAAAACAAGAAUUGUGGCAUUAACGAUGCUGGAAUGUAAAAGCAGUUCAACUUCAAUCUCUGAGUUGUAACCAACGUAGCUUCUUCCUUGCAGAUUUGAUAUUAUAAUAAAAGAAAUGCCCCUUAGGGAGGAGUAAUGAAAUCAGUAACUUAUAGGGAAUUGUUAAUAAUUGAAAGAUUAUAUAAUUUAUGUUUUUUAAUAAAAUUAUUUUCGUACUACUA